AUGUCAACAUCCUCACUCCUCCAUACGGCCCUUCAAAACCUCCAUGUCUCUCAGCAGAUGCAUCAGCAAUCCCAUACCCCCAAGCCACCUUCUUCCCCCGGGUCGACGUAUCAUGAACUAGACUCCUCGAGGGGUGGAUCACCCGUCCCUUUCUCGGAUGGAGAGACGGAUGACGAGGAGCUUGUAGAAGUUGGAAAAGGGACUAGACCCUCUACGCCUACGACGGGUAAAGGGUUGCAGUUGGGUCAGAGGUUGCCUAGUUCCCUUGGAGGGAAGAAUACGAGAGAUCCUUUACGAACCCUUCCUACUCAUAUCGCAGUGAGGAUAUUCAUACAGCUCGACGUGAGAGCUUUGGCAAGGUGCGAUAGGGUAUGCAAAAGAUGGCACAAGUCGUCUACUUUGAAUUACGUAUGGUUCCUCCAGAACCGUGCGCUGGUAUUGCCCAAACUCCUCUUACCGGAUUCACCAGGAGGUAAAACUCGAAAAAUCGAUAAUGAAAUUGAAUUUUUCGAUCCUUACGAUAAAACACCUCGAUUAUCUUCAUUACCUAAACCACCUAUCCCAACGUCUUCUCAACCUGUAUGGACCAAGAUUGAAUCCAAGAAAGAUUGGAGAAACACAUUCAAAGUGACUUUCAAACGGACUGAUCCGACGGCCGAACCUGAGAUCGAUCACAGACGAGUGGACAUUGCGAGUCUGCAUACAUCUGGAUAUACCACGCCUACAGGUGGACAUGCCUAUAAAGGAUUGGGAAGUGGUAAUGCCUCGAAAUGGCAGAAUGACGAUUCGGAUGGUGGUACACUAAGUAGCUCGGAGAAGAAAGCCCAAGCGAGAGAGGGUUAUAAGGCUUUGGGCGGAAGGAAAUCAAAGACCAAGAGAAAGAUGGGUGGGGGGUUGGGUGGGAAAGAUAAAGGUGGAGCGAAUGAUGAUGGAAGGUUCGAAGCGCCUUGGUGA